AUGGCUUCCGACGAGAUUGUUUGGCAAUAUAUCAACCAAAAUUUCUGCGCAUUCAAGAUACGGACGCCGAACAACCAGAAGCAGACCAACUUUUGCCGCAACGAGUACAAUGUCACCGGGCUUUGCAACCGACAAUCCUGCCCUCUGGCCAACAGCCGAUAUGCCUCCGUUCGACCUCACCCGGAUAAGCCAAACGUUCUCUACCUCUACAUGAAGACCGUCGAGCGUGCACAUAUGCCAAACCGCCUGUGGGAGAAGAUACGGCUGCCGGCCAAUCCCCAGGAAGCGCUGGCGAUGGUUGACGAGAAGUUGAUGUACUGGCCGGAUUUCCUCAGGCUCAAGGCCAAACAACGAGUAUGGCGCCUCAACCGAGUCGCUACCCGUAUGCGAAAACUAGCCGCCGAGGAAGAACGGCUUGGCGAGAAGCUCGUCCCCAAGCUUGCACCCAAGGUGAAGCACCGUGAAACCGCCCGCGAACGCAAAGCAGAGGCAGCUGCCCGGCUGGAGAAGACGAUCGAGAGGGAGCUACUUGAGAGACUGCGACAAGGCGCCUACGGCGACCAACCUUUGAACGUGUCGCAGAAGAUCUGGGAGAAGGUUCUCAAGGGCCUCGAGAAGGAGGGACAGGGCGUUCGCGACGAGGACCUGGACGAAGGUGUCGAGGAUGAGGAUGAGGAGGAUGCGGAGAAGGAGGUAGAAGAGGAGGACGAGGACGAGCUCGAGGGUAACGUCGAGUAUGUCAGCGACGUCGAAGAGAGCGACGAUGACUUAGCCGAUCUCGAAGACUGGAUGGCCAGCGAGGAGAACGAUUCCGAAGAGGACGACUCGGAGGAGGACAGCGAGGAGGAUACGGGCAAGGCGGGCAAGGCCAAGGCGGGCGACAAGCGCAAGAAGGCCGCCAAGAAGGUCCUGAAGGGCAGGAAGAAGACCAAGGAGCAGGAACUGGAGGAGGAGACGAGCAGAGAGAAUGACAUCCUCCACCCUGGCCACGCCGGCAUCGCGAAGUCCGAUCUCCAAGAGCGACUCUCCCAGCUGUACAAGGCUUCCGCCGAGCAGGUCAGCGUCUUCGGCCUGAGGACUCACUUCGGUGGUGGCAAGACCAGCGGAUUUGCGCUCGUCUACGACUCAGUUGAGGCUCUGAAGAAGUUCGAGCCACGACACCGUCUCGUCCGUGUCGGCCUCGCUGUCAAGCCCGAGAGAGCCUCCCGCCAGCAGCGCAAGCAACGCAAGAACCGUAUGAAGACCCUCCGUGGCACCGCGAAGGUCAAGGGCGCGAAGGCGAAGAAGGACAAAUAA